UGCCCGAUCGAAUCGCCAUGAGCUGCGUAUACGUGCUCCUCCUCUUUUGUUGUCUCGUUUCAUCCGGCUCGGCCGAAUCAGCCAGGCCAAUCCUCGGAUAUCAGGACAGUUACGGUCAAUACAGUUUCGGGUACAGUGCACCAGGUUCAGCAAGGUCAGAGGUUAGAACAUCGAAUGGCGAAACUCGAGGCGUUUACAGUUACAUCGACGACGCAGGCGUUAUUCAAACCACUCAGUACACUGCUGACAGUAAAAACGGCUUCCGUGUGACCGCCACCAAUCUACCCCAGGCGCCACUUCCGAUACAAAGAGCUGAUACUCCUCAGCUGGAGGAGGAACUGGCAGGGGAAGAGAAUAAAAUAGGAGAGAACAAUGUAUUCUUGCGAGAAUUGCAGCCAUUGAUGAAGAUUUCUCAGACAGACGAAAGGGCAAAGGAAGGAUACAAAAUAAACGAAAGCAACGUGUUUCUACAAGGAUUGGACACGCUGGGGUCCAAAGUUGAAUCGACGAGAAAUGAAAAUACUAAGGCGUCAGUGAAAACAACGAGCAGUGAGAUAGUACCUAAAACAAUCAAAGAGUCUACGAUACCUGUCUUUCGAAUUUCCCAUGGAAAUAUUUUGCUCGUUCCAUCCCUCGUACAAGCACCAACGAAUGUCAAAGGUCCUUCCAUCGCCCCAGCAAGCACCACGUUGAAAACCAAUCGAGACAACGAGCCGAUUAACAAGAACGAACGAACGGAGGAGCAAGAUAAACCAAUUGAUUUGUCCAAAGAAAUAAUUUCACCUCUCGAUACUUUACCUCUGUAUUCUGAUUACUCAACUCUCGUCAAAUAUUCUGCUGUCCCGUCACUUCACUACGUUGUUUACAAUGCGCAAUGAAUUUUAUUUUAUCACGCGACAAGAUUUUAUUAUUUUUAUAUAUAUAUAUAUA